AUGCGGGAAGGGGAGACACUGAAGGCCUACUUUGACAGAUACUGGGAAAUGUAUAAUGAGAUAGAAGGAAAUUACGAUGACGUCGCCAUUAGUAUAUUCAAGAGGGGCCUGCCGACAAAGCAUGGCUUGAGAAAAUCCCUUACUGGGAAACCAGUCACCAGUGUGCGCCAACUUAUGGACAAAAUUGAUAAGUACAAAAGGGUCGAGGAAGACCAGCAGAUGGGGACGGGCAAAGCUAAAGUUGUCCCUCAGGAGAGGAGAGACUUCAGGUCGGACCGCAUUAUCAACAAUAAUAGGCCGAGAAGAGAUUACCCGGAACAGUCCGGUUCCACGGGGGCAACGGCCGUCCAUGCGGUAUUCCGAGAGCCAUUACACAAGAUCCUAGAAAUGGUGAAGGGCGAACCGAAUCUAAGAAACCAUUUGGACCGACUCGUCCGAGAAGGGAAGUUGAGGCAUCUGUUGCAUCGCCCUGAAGGAUGGAAGGAACAGUCAAACAUUGAAACCAGACAAAGUACAUUGAGGCCACCCCUGGGCACUAUAAAUGUCAUUUUCGCCACACCUGGAAGGACCGGUUCUAGCCCCUCCAAAGUAAUGUCAGUGGGCAGACUCCAGACCGGGCUGGACGAUAGGGAGUCUAAAAGAGCCAGAGUAACUACCUCGCCUUUAAUUGGGUUCUUGGAUGAGGACAAACAAGGAACCCUCCAACCCCACGAUGAUGCUCUAGUUGUCACGCUCAGAAUUGGAGGUUAUGACGUGAAAAGAGUGUUGGUUAACCAAGGCAGCGCCGUGGAAGUAAUGUAUCCUGACUUGUAUAAAGGAUUGAACUUGAAGCCAGAGGACUUGUCGGCAUACGACUCCCCUUUGGUCAAUUUUGAAGGAAAAAUCGUCAUCCCCAAAGGCAUGAUUAGGCUGCCUGUACAAACAUAUUUAGACGUGGUGGAGGUAGACUUCAUUGUAGUCGAUGCGUAUUCCCCCUACACGGCCAUCGUGGCCCGACCAUGGUUUCAUGCACUAGGGGCUGUGUCAUCAACUUUACACCAAAAAGUGAAGUAUCCAUCAGGAGGAGGACCAGCCAUGGAGGUGAGCUGUGAGGAUCUGGAGAAGGUACUCGUCGGAUCAGACCCUAAGAGGUUUUUUCAGGUUGGCUCAGAAUUGCCACCCCAUGAGAAGUCAACACUAAUUGAUUUUCUCCGACAGAAUGUGGACGUAUUUGCCUGGGAUCCCUAUGAGGCUUCUGGGGUUGACUCAGAUUUCAUUUGA